UUUGCAAGCCCACGCCUACGCAUGGCUUCUGAAAAUUUGAAUGACAAGAGGAAGUAAAGGUGUGGCUACCCGGUGAAUCUUAACAUCAACAUGGCAAGCUUCGAUAAGGAGAUUUCCUACAGCAAUCUCAAAGAUCUUUUGGCAAAGGGUUCAGGGCUUCUUGUGGAUGUGCGCACUAAAGAUGAAGUAGACAGAGGACAUAUUCCAGGCUCCAUUCACAUCCCAGUGGAAAAUGUAGAAAGUGACAUGUCCCUGGAUGCAGCUGAAUUCCAGUCUAAGUUCGGUGUAGUUAAGCCAUCUCUGGACAGCUCUGAACUGGUUUUCCACUGUCAGAUGGGAAAACGUGGCGCUCUUGCCACAGAGAAAGCCAGAAACCUAGGCUUCAAGAAUGCCCGUAAUUAUGCAGGGGGCUACAAGGAAUGGUCAGAAAAAGGUGGCAAGUGACAAUCCAGUCAGAACUCCUGGAAUACUCUGAAGAUUCCAGCUUAAAUCAGGGACCUGUUUACUCUCAUACAACCAAUCAUAAUAUUUGUACAUGUAUUUUAAUAAAGUCUGAUUAUUAAACAAAU